AGCCAGGGGCGCGGAGCGGGCGGGGCCUGGCGCCCGGGAACCGUGCGGGCGCUUUUCCUGGGCCCGGCUCUCACGGGCUACCAUGGCGUUUGCAAAGAGUCACCGCGAUCCGUUUGCCACCUCCGUGGGCCACCUCAUAGAAAAGGCUACAUUUGCUGGAGUUCAGACUGAAGACUGGGGCCAGUUCAUGCACAUCUGUGACAUAAUCAACACGGCCAGCGAUGGGCCAAAAGAUGCAGUAAAAGCUUUGAAGAAAAGGAUUUCCAAAAACUACAAUCAUAAAGAAAUCGAGCUUACCUUGUCACUUAUUGACAUGUGCAUGCAGAACUGUGGUCCAAGUUUCCAAUCUCUGAUUGUAAAGAAGGAGUUCGUUAAAGAUAGUCUAGUUAAGCUGCUGAAUCCCAGAUACACGCUGCCAUUAAACAUUCAGAAUAGAAUCUUGAACUUCAUUAAGACUUGGUCUCAGGGUUUCCCCGGAGGCGUGGAUGUAAAUGAAGUGAAAGAAGUGUACCUUGACCUGCUUAAGAAGGGGGUUCACUUUCCUCCCUCGGACCCAGAGUCCGAAACAGCAGAAGAGACUGCUCAGAUCUCAUCAACUCCACCAGCGUCUGUCCCUACUGCACCGGCUCUUUCUUCCGUAAUUGUAUCCAAGAACUUGACUAUUACGUUGGUCCCAGAACAGAUUGGAAAAUUGCACAGUGAGUUGGAUAUGGUGAAGAUGAAUGUGAAAGUGAUGUCCGCCAUACUGAUGGAGAACGCUCCUGGAUCUGAAAACCGUGAAGACAUAGAGCUUCUGCAGAAACUUUAUAAGACGUGUCGGGAGAUGCAGGAGCGGAUCAUGGACCUGCUCGUGGUGGUGGAAAAUGAAGACGUAACUAUUGAGCUCAUUCAAGUGAAUGAGGAUUUGAAUAAUGCCAUCCUUGGAUGUGAGAGGUGAGCAGACGCGGCACCCU